CGCUCCUCUUUGUCACCCAAACAUGUGUUAUCUUCUCCUCAACCCUACUCCAACUCUCCGGAGUUUAUCUUCAUAGAGAUCACAGCUUGUGAAGACAAAAUUCUUGUAGGGAUUGUAUACCGGCCACCCAAAGCAGGUCGACUGUCACUCCUUGAGCACUCUCUGUUGCAGAUAAUGCAUAGCUAUCAACAUAUUGUCUUACUUGGUGAUUUCAACUCUAAUCUAUUGAGAGAUAGCUUCGAAAGGAGGCAACUCGUGACACUCUUUGAUUCUAUCAACUUCCACAUUGUAAAUAAUGUUGACCCGACUUACCACUUACCCAAUUCACAUACUUUACUAGAUCUAGCGGUGGUGAGUGAUAAAGAUUAUGUUUCUUCUUUUGAACAUUUCAAUGAUGAUAGAUGUCUUGAGGAUGCUAUCAACAUGCCAUGGCACACUAUAGGUUUCAUUGAUGACAUCAAUGAUAAGGUUGCAGUAUUCAAUAAUAUGAUUCACAGCAUUUUUGAUAGGCAUGCCCCUGUGCGUACUGCGCAUCCUAAGCGGAAACCAGUGCCCUGGAUGAAUGAAGAGAUACUGAUUGCCAGACGUGAGCGUGAUAAAGCCAGAAGAGUAUUUAAAAGGACCAGCAGCCAGAUAGACUUUGAGGUCUUUAAAACUUGGAGAAAUCGUGUGAAAUCUAUGAGUCGCAAUGCAAAACUUCGCUUCUAUCACAGGCAGUUUAAUCAAAAUAAUUCAACAUCUACUCUGUGGGAUAAUGUCAGAAGACUAGGAGCGCAUAAAGCCAGAUCUAAUACUAGGAUCAAUAUACCUCUUAAUGAACUGAACGAUUUCUUCUCUCUCAGUUCAAAUCAGCCAGAUGCAUCCAACGCACCACUGGCUUCAGACCAUCUUAUCAUGCAGUUCAAUCAUAACUUGCCGGCAGAGAAAUUCUAUUUCUCACAUUGGACUGAUGCCCAUCAGCUGAUCCUCAAUGCACAAAAGACGAAAAGCAUCAUUCUUGGCUUCCCAACUCUUCUGAGCAGAUUUGAUCAGGAAAGACUCCCGGCUAUCACUGUUGCAGGAAAUGUUGUUCCCUACCUGAAGAGUGUGCGAACUCUUGGACUGUAUCUAGACCAGAGUCUUAGCUGGAAGGAGCAGACCACUCAUGUAUGUAACAGAGUGUUUGCAGGCAUGCACCAGCUCAAACGUCUGAAACAUUUCCUGCCUCAAAGCACACGUAUCAUAUUGGUUGAAGAGCACUAA